AUGUCUUCAUCGAGUUGCUCCUAUAACACUAUCGGCUUUGAAGGUUCACUGCCAGUUGAAGUUCCAGGUGUUGAAGAAAUCGGUCUUUCGUCAACCUGCGGUUGCGGUGACUGUGGUGCCAUUCUCGGUACCGGCAAUUUUGGGAACGUCGGCGGUAGAGAACCAGUUCCUGGAGAACAAUUUCCUGACAAGAUGGGCACACGUAGAUGCACCUCCCCAUCAAACAGAAAAGGAGACUCCUCGCAUGACGCUGGUGACAAAACGUGGCACGUGCUCAGCGGAUGCAGCGGUGAAUCUGCAGCAAACAAAUCUUAUUAG